AUGGAGAAAAUCACCGACAAGAUCGCCGCCCUGCCGGCUGAUGCGAAUUACUUCUCGCUCGAAUUCUUCCCGCCCAAGACGGCCAUGGGCUUUUCCAACCUGCGCGACCGUCUCGACCGCAUGGCUCGCGCCCUCCGACCGCUGUUUGUAAACGUGACUUGGGGCGCCGGAGGAUCGACUGCCAGCAAGUCCCUCGAGCUCGCCGAAAUAUGCCAGCGCGAACUCAACCUUACGACUUGUCUGCACCUGACCUGCACCAACAUGAGCCGGAAGCAGAUCGAUGGCGCUCUGGAGGAUGCCAAGGCUCUGGGAAUACGAAACAUUCUGGCAUUGAGAGGCGAUCCGCCCCGGGCGGCCGAGUAUCAAGACCCGAACGAGGACCCGGAAAACGCUAUCGACGAGGGGUUCGUGUGGGCGAUUGAUCUAGUGCGAUACAUCAAGAAGAACUAUGGCGACUACUUCUGUAUCGGUGUCGCCGCGUACCCAGAGGGCCACGCUGAUGAGAGUCACCCCAUGGGCCAGAGCCUGGAGCACGAUCUUCCUUACCUGGUUGAGAAGACUCAGGCUGGCGCCGACUUUAUCAUGACCCAGCUCUUCUUUGACACGGAUGCCUAUGAAAAGUUUGAGCGCACACUGAGAGAGCACCCGAGCGGCGCCUUCAACAAUGUUCCGAUCCUGCCCGGUCUCAUGCCUAUUCAGAGCUAUCAGAUGAUCAAGAGAACUACCAAGCUCAGCCACGCCAGAAUCCCGGAUCACCUGAUGGCUCGUCUGGACGCCGUCAAGAAGGAUGACGAAAAGGUCAAGAGCGUUGGUGUGGACAUUGUCAGUGAAAUCAUUGAAAAGGUCAAGGCGAUCAAGAGUAGAACCCCGGGCCCACGCGGCUUCCAUUUCUACACAUUGAACCUGGAAAAGGCGGUUUCCUUCAUCAUCGAGAGAAGCGACCUGAUUCCCCCGACCACUCCUGACGAUCUCGAAGAAGAGGCCGUGGUGGAUGAUCUCAUCUCCGUCCCGACUCUCCAGGUUAAUGGCUCCGCCCACGAUUCGACGGCUGUUGCUUCGCUUCGACGCAGCUCGCGCCGACACUCUUCGAUCGGUUCGGACCCUCGCAACCGGGUCAUUGUCAGUGACCGACCACUAUCGCACCCCGAAUACGAAACGAGCGCAGCCGACGCCAGCAUACCUGCCGAGCCGAUCAACACGCGCGCCAACACUCUUGCCAUCUCCGAAGGAGAGGGAGUCCUGGGACGGGAGGCAACGUGGGAUGACUUUCCCAACGGUCGAUGGGGUGAUGCUAGAUCACCAGCGUACGGAGAGAUUGACGGCUACGGCCCAACGCUGCACGUAACCAAUGCGCAAGCGCUCAAGCUCUGGGGCCAUCCCACGAAGCGGGAAGACAUUAGCAAUCUCUUUGUCAAACACCUCCAGGGCGAGCUCGAGGCGAUACCGUGGAGCGAAGAGGACCUCAAUGCCGAGACCAACACGAUUGCUCCGCAACUCUUGCAGCUCAACACCAAGGGCUGGUGGACCGUGGCGUCGCAGCCCGCCAUCAACGGCCUCCCGUCGACCGACCCGACGUUUGGCUGGGGUCCCACGCAGGGCUUUGUGUUCCAAAAGGCCUUUGUCGAGUUCUUUGUGCCCUCGGCCGAGUGGAAGGUUCUCUACGAGAAACUGCAGAGCUCCGAGGUCCAGGAUACCGUCUGCUUCUACGCCGCCAACGCCAAGGGCGACUUUGUGUCGUCGGACAUGACGGGCGGGCUCGAGGGCCAGCAGGUGCGGCAGGCGAGCACCAAUGCCGUGACGUGGGGCGUGUUCCCCGGCAAGGAGAUUGUCACGCCCACCAUUAUCGAAGAGGUCAGUUUCCGGGCCUGGAGCGAGGAGGCGUUUGGCAUCUUUGCCGAGUGGGCCAAGGUCUACGGCAAGGAGUCGGAAAGCGCCAAGCUGCUCGAGGGCACUCUACAGGACUUGUGGCUGGUCAACAUCAUCCACCACGACUAUGUCGAAAAGGAUGCGCUCUGGAAUCUGCUGCUCAACUAG